CCCGCCCGCCCGCCGGCUGCUCGGGCCCUGCCCGUCGGGGCCGGUGCGCGGCGCGAUGGCGGCCGCCGUGGGACUCUCUUCCUCGCCGGCUUCCCCGGCCGUGAGCGAGCUGUGCCAGAACGGCCGGGAGAUCUUCCUGGAGGCCUCGCGGCUGCUCCUCGCCUACGCGGACAACAUCCUCCGAUAUCCUUAUGAAGAAAAAUACAGAUUCAUUCGGAUUGGAAAUCCAGCGUUUUCUACUAGGCUGUUGCCUGUUAGAGGAGCAGUUGAGUGUUUGUUUGAAAUGGGCUUUCAAGAGGGAGAAACUCACCUGGUUUUCCCUAAGGAGGCAUCAAUUGAACAGCUACGUAAAGUCAGAGAUUUAAUUGCUGGAGAGAGAAGUAGCAGACUGAAUGAGUCAAACCACCUCCACAGAUCGGGAUCUUCUGGAACUGCAGCCAGCACUCAGGCAGUUGCACAUCAGCCUUCAAGACCUGCUGACCCUGUCCUUGCCCCUGCCCAUCGGCAGCAAGAAAAAUCACCUGCACAACCUCUUGAAAUGGCUGCAGAUAUCUUGAAAAAACUUCAAACAAACUUUGAACAUUUUGUAUUGGUGUAUGAGAAUCCUUCUCUUCAGCAGAAAGCACUAGCUUCAAUUCCCCUCCAAGAAUUGAAAAGGAAGGCUCAGAAAAAGCUGGCACAAGCUACAAUACUGGAUAAAGGUGCACAUGUGAAUGAAGAGGACUUCUUGCUGUUGGAGCUUUUGAGCUGGUUUAAGAAUGACUUUUUUCAUUGGGUAAAUCAUCUUCCUUGCAGCAGAUGUGGUGGGCAGACACAGCCUAAAGAUAACGUGGCACCUACUGAGGACGAUCUAAGGUGGAACGCCAGCCGAGUGGAAAACCAUUAUUGCAGCCAGUGCCAGCUCUGUAAUAGAUUCCCCAGGUAUCAUAAUGCGGAGAAACUUUUGGAAACCAGACGUGGACGCUGCGGCGAGUGGGCUAACUGUUUUACACUGUGUUGCAGAGCUGUAGGGUUUGAAGCUAGAUAUGUAUGGGACAUUACAGAUCAUGUGUGGACUGAGGUGUAUUCUGCAUCUCAGAAGAGAUGGCUUCAUUGUGAUCCCUGUGAAAAUGUCUGCGAUAAACCUCUGCUCUAUGAAACUGGGUGGGGAAAGAAGCUCUCCUACAUAAUUGCUUUCUCCAAAGAUGAGGUUGUUGAUGUCACCUGGAGAUACAGCUGUAAGCAUGAAGAAGUGCUCACUAGAAGGACAGCAGUCAGUGAAGCUACACUGCGAGAAACAAUUAACACCCUUAAUAAAAAGAGACAACAGUCUUUGUCAGAAACCAGAAGAAGAGAGCUCCUGGAAAGGACAAUCGUGGAGCUUGUUGAGUUCAUUUCUCCUAAAACCCCUAAACCUGGUGAAUUUGGCGGAAGGACAUCAGGUUCAAUGGCUUGGCGAGUAGCCAGAGGCGAAGCUGGCUCUGAGAAGAGAAAAGAAGUAAUUUUUACUCCCUCUGAAAAAGAGAAGACUUCUAAGCUGUUUCACCUGACGUACAAUGUGGUGGAAGAUAGUUACACAAGGAUUUCCAAUAAUAAUGAAAAAAUAACUGGCUGGGAAGCAGGUGUUUGGAAGGCAGAUUCUAUCUGGAGGAAGGUUGAAACAGAUUGGAAAAUGGUUUAUUUAGCCCGGAAAGAGGGGUCAUCCUCUGCUUCAAUCCGCUGGAAGUUUGAGUGCAAGUCAGCUGGUCUAAGAAUAGAUAACGUAUCAAUUAGGACAAGUAGUCAGACCUUUCAAAGUGGAAGAAUCAAGUGGAGAGCCUACUCCCCCACAGCAGAGGUUGCUCUGCUGGGAGAUAAAAAUCUUUGCUCCUAUUCAGAUUUUUCUGGUUCAACAGAAGUUACAUUGGAAGCAAUCCUGAAUGGAGGGGAUGGGGAAGCAGCGUGGCAACACACCCAGCUCUUUAGGGAGAACUUAGAAGCAUGUGGAGAAAAUUGCUUGGAGAUAAUUAUAAAAUUCACUGACCUAUGAGAACCAAAUCACAGGAGAUGCUCUUUGGGUUCUUCAAAGACAUUCUGCCAUGGGAACAACACAGGGAUUUGGAGGGCAGUUCCCAUGGAUCCUGUUUCCCGUCUUCAUGUAACCAUCUGGAAGCUGCACGUAUAUUGAAUAGGUAAACAUCACAGUGGAAACAGUCCUUUUUGAAAACAAGCAAAUGAGCAACAGCUGAAAGAUAAAGUGAUUACCCCUUUCCUUAUCUAUGAUGAAGAGGAAAUGGUAUGGAGAGAGCAAAGCAUGAGCAUAAGAACUAUUUUGAUUGGGAGUUUUGGGAUUGUUGUUGGGUGUGUUKUUUUUUAUCAUCUGCUAUUUGAAAUUACUGUUGGAGUGGAUCACAACAGAUGCAGGUGUGAUGAUUUUAAAUCAUUUUAAGAGACUAAUAGAAGAUUUACCUAAAUGUUUUAAAAGAGAUGAUUUUAUAUAAUCAGAAAAGCUGACAGAUAAAUAUUUAUGCAAUCUUAAAAUGAUCUUGUUAUAUACUCAAGUGUUAAACUUGGAUUUAAAACCCAGAUAUGUUUGGAAGUAUGAUAGUGUAGGAAAAUAAAGAAAUUUUGAAAAGUGCUCAUUAUGUAUCUAAAACUUCUUUCAUGGCCUGCAAUAUGAA